GAUUGUGGCGAGCGAUAUCGGCCGUUGUGUCUCUCUCGCACAACAUGUCGACCUCGCCGACCGACAGCACCUACAGCGUGCAGAGCAGCAAGCGACGCCGCACCAGUGACGCCUCCACCUUACACAGCCCAGGCGCUAUCGCUCCAUCGCUCUCCCAGGACACACAGCACCGGACGCAGCCCUCGACCCCGCUGCCAGCGCAGCAGCCGCUGAUCCCGCCGGGGCACAUCCCCAAGCGUGGUGCGCGCGCCUGCACGGCGUGCAGGAAGGGCAAGAAUCGGUGCGAAGGAGACGCUCCCUGUCGACGAUGCCAGCUGAGCGGCACACCGUGCAUCUUUGAAAAACCUGAGAAGAAAAAUGUCCAGCCGAUGGUAAACGGCAGCAUCGAGAGGCUCUCCCGCCUCGAGGGCCAGUAUCUGGUCAUGCAGAGCCAGAUGAUCGGCAUGCAGUCGACCCUAGACCGAAUCCUCGCUGCUGUCCAGCAGCCUCCGCCCAUGUACAACAACAAUCGCGAGCCUAGCAUGAGCGGGCCGCUCCCGCCUAUACGAACAUCAGACAUGUACGCCUCGUCUAGUCCACGUUCAGGCAAAGUCUUCCCGCCCUUACCGGGCUUCGCGCCUCCGCCACACAAAUACGCCACAUACGGCAUCGUCCCAAGUACUGCACCGUCUUCCGAUGAUGAAUCGGAAGAUACGCUUCCUCGAUCAGCACUCAAUGCUCCGAUUGAAGCUCUUCAAGGACUUGCAAAUGCAGCUGCUGAAGCAGCAGCAGCUCCUUCUGCAUCACCACCAAGGGUGAAGAAGCGCAAGAAGGCCGAGCCAACACCACGUAAUGCCUUCCCACACGUCGUCGAGAAAGGACUCAUCUCUGAUACUGAAGCCCGCGAGCUGUACCACAUAUUCUUUUCUGGUUGUCACAUCUUUAUCCCACUGUUUGAUCCGUCAUAUGACACUUACGAAGGCCUCAACGAGCGUACUCCGUGGACAUUCGACGCCAUCCUCGCUGUCGCCGCGAAGAUUCGUGCGGGUACAGGCCUUCUUCCUUCCAGCUUUUACCGCAGCCUCGAGGAAGCGCAGGGCAUUGCGCGGUCGACGCUCUUCGGACCUGUCGUUCGCAAGGAAGCUGUCCAGGGCAUGCUCCUUCUCGCCGCGUGGAGCACAAAUGGCUGGCUCCCAAGUGGACAUGCAAUGCGCAUGGCGCUUGACCUUGGCUUACAUCGUGCGCUCGAGAAGCUGGCUGAGGAUGGAGGCAACAAGAAGAGGACAGAAGAGGAGGAACGAGAUCUUGUCGUUUCGGCGAGGAUAUGGCUCUGUCUAUACUGGUUUGACCAUCAAAUGAGCCUGGGCACCGGCAGGCCGAUAGUGCUACGAGACGAAUCCUCCAUCCGUCAUUGCCGUAUACUUCUCAACCAUCCUAUGGCAUCGCCUACAGACGUACGGCUAAUCUCGCAGGUUGAGCUUAUCGCGCAGAAGACACAAAUCUAUGAGACGCUAUCACCCCUCAACGGCCAGGUCAACCACAACACCUUGGCAUUUAUCCGACGCGCCAACGUCGCCCUCGACAAGUGGUGGCAAGACUGUGACGAGCUGCACCGGCAGACGAUGGACGAAGACGCUUUGCCGCGGAAGAUCCUCGCUGGCGAGCUCUACUACGCGAAGUUGUGGCUUGUCUGCGUCGCGCUUCGCGGCGUCUCAUGGGACAAGAUGCCCUUCGAGCAGCGUGAGCUCGCCUUUCAAGCCAAGGACGCCGCCUCGGCCUGCCUUUCGAAUUUGCUCAACUCGCCGACGUACCGCGCCGCGCUCCGCUACGCGGUGCACGACAGCCUCGUGACAGCGGCCUUCUCGGGCCUCUUCCUGCUCAAGAUGGCAAACCUCUUCCCCGCCGAGGUCGACCUCGGGGCGAUCACGGCCCAGGUCGAGCAGCUCGCGCAGGUGCUCUCGGACGUCGCGGCGGAACGAUACGCGCUCACACUCCGCAUCAUGCUCGCGAACCUCCGCCGCAAGAUGGGCAUGGUCCCCGGCGGCGUCAUGGGCCCGCCGCCGCCGCCUACGGAUCCGGCGCUCAUGGUGCCGUCGUUCAUGGACCCGGCGCUCGUCCCAGGACAGCCGUUCACCCUGGAGGAGCUCGGUGUGGGCCCCUGGGCCAACGGCAAUAAUGGCGAGGUAUUUAGUCCGAGCGCGAUCCCCCUCUGGUUGCAGGAACAAAACUUGAGCGAUCUCGGCCUGCCCAUCAAUGGCUCCGAUGGUAUCUUUCUGCAGAUGGCUAACACCAACGGUUGGACAGGAGAUUUCCCGCCAAUGCCAGAGGCCUGGUGACUAUCAAGAGAAAAGUAUAUAUGACGUCCACGGGUGUCUUUAUGUGAACUGUGCGAGCGGGACUAUUGACUGCACUCCGCCGCUGUACCGCUAGCGUUGAAUCGUGUACUAGUAAUUUGAUCAGUCGAAUAGGAUGUUGAUUUCUCGUGGUGUGUCCACGCCAAACAACAUCGCUUUUGCAC